CCGGAAAUGAGAGCCUGCUCCAUUAGCUGCUGUCAAAAUCCAUAAUUGACCCAUUUCUGACCGUUUUUAAUCCAGCCAAAUGAUACAUUAACGUAUAAUCUGAGUGUCAUCUACUGACUCGGAAUGUACAGCGGACUCUUGCCCAAAGGUUUAACCGAAGACGACCUUAGUCCAGAUGACGAGGAGGAUGGUGUUGAGGAGAAGAGGGAGGCACAGAAGUGUGAGGGCUCUGCAGAAAAGUUGAGCUCUGCCGGGGAAAACACAAGAGCACCGACGGUGGAGGCACAGUCGACUCAUACUGCCAGUGAUGCAGACAGUGAUUCCCCGAAAAGCAGUAUGCCUGGUAUAUCCCAGGAAAUGUGGCAAAAAUUCCAGGAUCUACGGAAGAAGAAUGACGAGAUGAAGACAAUGAAGGGGCCCAGACAAAGAAAAAAAAGAAGACGACAUAAGAAAGGAACAGAGAGUGAGGAACCCACAGAGACAAGCAGAGAGCGUCAGGAGGAGCGGGAGAAGCACUGGGAUGAUCUUAAGCAGCACUUCGGUGCAAACGAUCGAUUUCAUCCCCCCGCAUGUUCCAAACCCCCUCCGAAGUCCGGCCUAGAAAAGAGCAUAGAGGGGGCCAUAGCUGAAGGGGACAUUGCAAAGGCGGAGGAGAUGAGCGACAGACUCGCCACUCGAGAGCUGGCCGUGAAAAUCGCUGAAGCCGCUGAUUGCCGUGACUUCGUGCUUCGCAAACAGGAAGAGGAAGCUUUGAGGGCAGCACAGAAAAGACAGAACCAAAUAGCCUGGGGGUUUGAGGCUAAGAGACGAUGGGAAACCAAAAGCAACAUGGGCUUCAUGUGAACAAACUCAGAGGAGAACGACUGUUGUUUUUUAAGUAAAUUUGAUAAAAGCAGUGUUUUUUAUGGCGAACUGAUCCUGUUUCUUUUUAUUCUCUUGGUAUAUUUUGAAGACUUGAGUGUGUGUGUGUGUGGGGGGGUAGUCACACAGUUAACUGAGGAAAAACCAUUCCAGAGGGUACAAGAGAGAGAGAAAAUUAUGUAGCAUUCAAAUUAAUUCCUAAGGCGCCCAUUGGUGUCUGCAUUGUGUUAUUUUUCAUUACAUUUCAGUGAUUUGAGUGUUCUGGUCUUUUUUUUUCUCCCCCCCCACCCCUUCAAAUUAAAUCUGGUGUACAUUACUGGAUGAUGCGUUUAUUUAUUGCUGUAAAGUGGGUUAAUCAUGAAGGCGCUCCUAUUCUUCUUCCGAGGGAGAGAAAGGAAAGAUUAGGGCCCUAAUGCAAUGUACAGGAUAAUGUGCGAUAGGAUUUGGGAGAAGAAAAUGAAAUUUGGCUGCUGUAAACAGUGUGUGAGCAGUUGUAAACUGGAAGUUGAGUGAACAUUUUGGGCGGGGGGUGAGACAUGAAACGGAGGCUUUGCUGUUGGCCCUCACCCAUGUUGGGAGACAAGCUAUUGUUUCUCAGCCUGAACAAGAGGCCCGCGCUGCGUCUACAAGCCUACACUCGCUGCUCAUUGUGCGAUGAGCUCUCUUCAGCAUCUGUAAACUCCUCGAUUCCUCUCGCCGUUACUUUGAUCUUUUUGGAUCUGCAGCGUUUGCCUCCGCAGCCGCCUCGCGCUUCGUUCAGAUUCCAGGAAGUGUUAAUUGCAAACAGAAUGCAAAGAAGCACAAGCAUGAUAAUUACUUUUAUUCAUAAUGCGUGCUUCUAUGUAUUUUUUAUUUUUUUCCCCCCAACCAUUGAGAAUGAUUGCUUUGCUUCAAGGUAAUGAUAAUUCAAAUUAAUCCCAACUAAGUUGUUUGCAUUGCACAUAUUUGGGCACUUUGUCCCCUGGUGAGGAGCAGCGUUCUCAUGGCUUUGCUGUGUCGGCUGAAACGGGACGGGGCAAAAAUGAACUAAACGUCAGAAAUAAAAAGUUUGUGGGCAAUUUAUGACACAAAAACCUGAGCUAGAUAUGAGAAGAGCACGAAAAACAAAUGCUGAAAUUUGAAAAAUCCAGCUUUUCCAUCAUUUUAGAUCCAAGCAAAUCACAUGAGCUGAGCGGCUGUCGGUUGGUGAGAAUUGGUGCUAAUUAAACUAUUAAUUAUCUCUGUAAUGAGACGAGUGUUAAAACUGCGUUAAGCACAUCAAAGGACAACGUGGGAUUUCUUCACUUUGAUGACUACUAUGAAAAAUAUAUCUUGACUGAGGAGUGAGGAAACAUCAGAGAUGCUUCAUUAACGGGACAGAAAAGAAGACGAAUUUCAGAGAAUUCUGGAGCUUUGGGGUUUAUGAGUCUUUUAUUUACAGGUGUGGAUUGCACAUUCGACAACUAAAGAACUUUUCAAGAAGGUUUUCUUAGGUUUCAUAAAGCAUCUGAGAAUAUGUGUUAUCCAUACGUAGAAGCCAUGUAGCCAUUUCUUUAAGCUACUAGUUAUCGGUGAACAGGGUUAGCGCUGAUCCAACAGCAGCCCUGCGUCGUAUCAAUAGCAUCUCACUUUAUUAAUCCCUUGGAACACAGGACAAUGCCCCGAGCAGAGAUGAUUCUGCUUUUAAGCUGGAAAAUCCACUUUCCCCUCAUCGUUGUGUCGAGGAGCUUUUCACUAGUCUGUUCCUGGAGGCCAAUCUUAGCCCCCUGACCUAGGCUGAUUUGUUGUGAAACGCAGAGACAAACUCCUUGGGCACAUGUCGAACCACUUCUAGGAAAAGUGUUUGUUGUGUGGAGUGUAGGGGGGAGAAAGUGAAAAAAAACAACAACAAUCCCAUUAAAUGGUUGAAAAGCUGCUGUUGUAUGAAAGGGAACAUAUGUUGGUGGUAACACGACAUCAGCGCUAUCACUUGCUGCUAUCGCCGGCUAGGAGAGGAUUAACUCCAUCUCUGAGAUGCAUCUGAUAAAGGCAAACGUUGAAAACGGCUCACAGCUAACGGGACGUGAACAUCAGACGUGGUAGUGUUGCUUUGUUGGGUUUUUUGUAUUGUUUUUAUUAUAACAUAUUAGCUGCUGCAGUGUGUUUUAUCGUGUAACUGCAACU